CGGCGCCGGUCGGAGGAAGAGGCCGCCCUCACUGUUUGUGGUCCUCGCUGCAGGUGGGAGGCGAGCGUACUCUCGAAAGCCUACGGCUCCUGCGACCCCUCUUACCAGCGCAAUGGCAGUCCCAGGUUGCAACAAGGACAGUGUCCGGGCAGGCUGUAAAAAAUGUGGCUAUCCUGGUCAUCUGACAUUUGAAUGCCGCAAUUUUCUCCGAGUAAACCCCAAAAGGGACAUAGUUUUGGAUGUGAGCAGCACAAGUAGUGAAGAGAGUGAUGAAGAGAAUGAAGAACUGAAUAAAUUGCAGGCAUUACAAGAAAAAAGAGUAAAUGAAGAAGAGGAGAAGAAAAAAGCAAAAAGCAAAGAGAAAAUCAAGUUGAAAAAAAAAAGAAAAAGGUCUUAUUCAUCCAGUUCCACUGAAGAGGACACUUCAAAACAAAAGAAACAAAAAUACCAGAAGAAAGAAAAGAAAAAAGAAAAAAAGAAUAAGUCAAAAAGGGGGAAACACCACAAAAAGGAAAAAAAGAAGAGAAAAAAGGAAAAGCAUUCUUCUACCCCUAAUCCUUCUGAGAUCUGCAAAAAGUAACUGAAUCUUCA